AUGGCCGACGCACCUACCACCCCGGCUAAGCCCACGUUCCACCCGGCUCUCGCGGUCUCCAAUAUCAAGAAUCACAUCUCUGUUACUCUUGAGAUGGAAAACUCACAAUACGGUACAUGGGCCGAGCUUUUCAAAAUUCAUGCUCGUUCUCACAAGGUCCUUCAUCACAUCAUUCCUCCACCUAAAGGUAAGGAGAAGCCGGCUCCCAAAACUGAUGAGGAAGUUGAAUUAUGGACCACCAUUGUCGCCACCGUGCUUCAAUGGAUUUAUUCGACAAUUUCGAAUGAUCUGUUAAACACUAUCAUCGAACCAGACGCUACUGCCACGGACGCUUGGGAUCGCUUGCGUGAUAUCUUCCAAGAUCAUCAAACUUCUCGUGCGGUGACUCUCGAACAAGAAUUCACAACGACUCGUAUGGAGGAUUUUCCGAAUGCCUCCGCCUAUUGUCAACGUCUCAAGAUCCUUGCCGAUCAACUGAAAAACGUUGGGGCUCCCGUGGCGAAUAGCCGCCUUGUCCUUCAACUGGUCUCGGGUCUCACUGAAGCGUACAAAGGGGUUGGGACACAAAUUCGCCAUGCAAAGCCGCUCCCCCCAUUCUCUGAGGCUCGGUGUUUCCUUAUUUUGGAAGAACGUGAACUUGCGGCUAUGGUGUCUCACGGGUCUGGUUCAGCUAUGGUGGCCUCGGUCGACGACGCGCCACUCCCCUCGGACAACACAAGCUCACGCCGAGGGAAAUCAAAAAAUUCCGGUGGCCAAAAUUCUGGAACUGGCCGUAAGGGGGGCUCGGGCCGCGGCUCGGGCAGCGGUAAAACCACGGGUGGCCGCGGUAAUUCUGCCCGAAGCAGUGGCGGUCAGCAGUAGUGGACUGGCCAUUGGCAGUGGGUCCCCCAGCCCCGCUGGGCUGCUCCUCCCCCUGCCCGUACCCGACAGCUUCUUGGGCUCGUCCGCCGCCAGUCCCGCCAUGGCAGCAGGGUACUUUAGGCCCUCCUCCAACUCAGCAGCUCUACACGGCGGCAGUGGCCCCUCCCGGGUCGUAUAUUCCAACCGACAUUGAGUCCGCAAUGCACACCAUGACCUUGAACCCGCCCGAUCAAAAUUGGUACAUGGACACCGGGGCCACUUCUCAUAUGACAUCCUCGGACGGUAAUCUCUCGUCUUAUUUUAAUUUGAGCAAUCAAAAUAAUGGUAUUGUUGUGGGAAAUGGUCAUUCGAUUCCAAUUCGUGGUUGUGGUCAUACUAGUUUGCCUCCCCCAAACCCCCAUUUAUCCUUACGCAAUGUCUUACAUGCUCCUAAACUCAUUAAAAAUUUAAUCUCAGUACGGAAGUUCACUACUGAUAAUUCUGUGUCUGUUAAUUUUGAUCCAUAUGGGUUUUUUGUGAAGGAUUUUCAGACGGGGAUGCCACUAAUGCGGUGUGAUAGUCAGGGAGAUCUUUAUCCGGUCACCACCAUCCAAUGUCCAACCACCACUCAAUCAACCUUUGCGGCGUUGUCUUCUCCUUUUUGGCAUGCUCGCUUGGGUCAUCCGGGAAAUUCUAUCUUAGAUUGUCCUAGGGUUAAUAAAAGCAUUAAAUGUAAUAAAUCUAGUCUUUCUAGUAUUUGUCGUUCUUGCGUUCUUGGUAAACACAUUAAGUUGCCGUUUGAUUCUUCUAUUUCCGAAACUUUGAUGUCAUUUGAUAUUAUUCAUAGUGAUUUGUGGACCUCUCC